UGCGAAACGAAUGUCAAUAACAAAGUGUACUUGCGAAUGUCCAUAAUCAAAAUAUUUACAUAGAUAUGAUAACUAAGACGUUACAAUCACACGCAAAAUGAUUUUGCUACGGUGUAGAAAAGAUGAAGUGAAAAUGUUCAUAUUUUGGAUAUUUGUUUCAUUAUUUUGUGCAUCAAAACAGAAUUGUGUCUGGUACGGAGUUUGUAACACAGAUGCCUUAAAUCACAAUCAAUAUUGUGCCUAUAAUGGACCACCAAAAGCAAUGCCUGAUGAUGGACUCAAGUUGUUAACAGAAAGAUGUAGUUUUAUGCUUCAAUCAGAUAACAAGAAUUUUUGCUGCGACGUUGCUCAGGUAAAAAUAUUAAAUGAGAACAUAAAACUUGCUGCGGCAAUUCUUGAACGUUGUCCAUCGUGUAUGACAAACUUAGCGCGCCACAUUUGCGAGUUAACGUGCUCUCCAGAACAAUCAAAAUUUUCUAUAGCUGCUGCUACAAAGAAGAAUGACACAGGUGGUCUUUAUGUAACGUCUUUGGAUUUACAUGUUGCUGAAGAGUAUAUCAACAAGACUUAUAAGUCAUGUUCACAGGUGUCAGUUCCACAAACCGGUCAAUUAGCAUUGGAUCUAAUGUGCGGAGCCUAUCCAGCAUCACGGUGCAGUCCUACAAAAUGGUUCAAUUAUAUGGGAGAUGGAAAUAAUGUAUAUGUUCCUUUUCAAAUAACAUAUAUUCAACAUCCAACAAACACUACAAAGAAUGGCAUCACUCCAUUAAAUCCUACAACCACACCUUGUAAUGCAGCAGUAAAUAGUCAACUUCCAGCAUGCUCAUGUACGGAUUGUGAUUUGUCAUGCCCUCAAUCCCCAGAUGAACCGAUACCCGAACCAUUCAACAUUGCGGGACUUGACGCUUUUACUGUUAUUAUGACAGUUGUAUUUUGCGUUGGCUCUCUGGUAUUUCUAUUGGGAUCAUUUUUAUUUACGAAAGACUCAAUAAAUGAUGAAGAUUUUCAAGUUGGCACCGAUGGAGCUACCGACGAUUCGAUGUACAGACAGGAACCACGGUAUUUCGAAAAGCUUGGUGCUCGUACUGAAUUCUUUUUGGAAAACAUAUUCACGAGAUGGGGCACAUUUUUUGCCACUUAUCCAUGGCUAACUUUGUUUGGAGGCGCAAGUCUUGUUAUAAUGCUAGGAUAUGGCAUAGUGUAUGUGAAAAUUACUACAGAUCCUGUAGAACUUUGGGCAGCGCCAAGCUCAAAAUCUAGAAUAGAACGAGAAUACUUUGAUUCUAAAUUUGAACCCUUCUUUAGAAUGGAACAGGUUAUAAUCAAAGCCGUGGACCUUCCUUACAUUGUGCAUAACACUUCGAAUGGGCCAAUAAAGUUCGGGCCAAUAUUUGCAAGAGAAUUUCUUGCUAAUGUCUUAGAUCUACAACAACAAAUACAAAAUAUCGAAGCGAAUGGAACUUUCUUACAUGAUAUAUGCUAUGCUCCGUUAAAAGAUGACAACAGUAAUGUAAAAGCUUCUGAUUGUGUUAUCCAAUCUAUUUGGGGUUAUUUUCAAGAUGAUAUAACCCGCCUUGAUGAUCAUGAUGAGGAUAAUGGAUUUAAUGUAACAUAUUUGGAUGAAUUGUAUGACUGUAUCAGUAAUCCAUAUAUAUGUUUAGCUUCCUAUGGAGGUCCAGUAGAUCCAGCUAUUGCAUUAGGCGGGUUUUUAAAACCCGGUGAACAACUUACAGGGUCUACAAAAUAUGAACAAGCUAAUGCUUUAAUUUUGUCAUUUUUGGUUAAGAAUCACCAUGAUAAAGGGAAACUAGUUCAAACAUUAGAUUGGGAGAAAACCUUUGUUGAGUUUAUGCUAAACUAUAUACAAAAUAAUAAAAGUAAAUCAAUGGAUAUAGCUUUUACAAGUGAACGGUCAAUUGAAGAUGAAUUAAAUAGAGAGUCGCAAUCAGACAUAUUGACCGUUUUAGUUUCAUAUAUUAUUAUGUUCAUUUAUAUAGCAAUAUCUCUUGGGCAUGUACAGGAAUUGAAAAGAUCUCUUAUUGACAGUAAGAUAACAUUGGGUAUUGGAGGCGUUAUCAUAGUUUUAGCGUCAGUGGUCUCUUCGAUAGGAAUUUUCGGGUAUAUUGGUGUUUCAGCAACCUUAAUUAUUGUUGAAGUUAUUCCGUUUUUAGUACUGGCAGUUGGAGUUGAUAAUAUUUUUAUUUUAGUUCAGACGUAUCAAAGGGAUAAUCGUAGAGCUAAUGAAACAACUGAGCAACAGGUAGGACGAGUUUUAGGACGCGUAGGCCCCAGUAUGUUAUUAACAUCCGUAAGUGAGAGUUGCUGUUUUUUUCUUGGUAGUUUAUCUGAUAUGCCUGCUGUUAAGGCAUUUGCGCUUUACGCAGGCGUUGCGUUAUUGAUAGAUUUCAUUUUACAAAUUACUUGUUUCAUCGGCUUGUUCACUUUAGACAUAAAACGAAAGGAGGAAAACCGCUUAGACAUAUGCUGUUUUAUUAAAUGUAAAAAGUCUGAUAUAAUGCACAACAAUGAGGGUCUUUUAUAUAAAUUUUUUAGAAGUGUUUACGUUCCAUUUCUAAUGAAAAAACUUGUUCGAGUAGUGGUUAUGAUUUUCUUUUUUGGUUGUCUUUGUGCUAGUAUUGCUUUUGUACCAAAAAUUGAUAUUGGGCUUAAUCAAGAACUAGCAAUGCCUGAGGAUAGUUUUGUUUUGCACUACUUUAAAUCGUUAAAUGCUCAUCUUAACAUUGGUCCUCCAGUAUAUUUUGUACUUAAGGGAAAUAUUAGUUAUUCAAACAGCUCGAUCCAAAAUUUAGUAUGUUCUGGACGAUAUUGCAAUGAUGACAGUGUUUUAACACAAAUUUACUUAGCUAGUCGAAAAUCAAACAUAACUUAUAUUGCACGCCCUGCUUCAAGUUGGAUUGAUGACUACUUUGAUUGGGCUUUGUCAUCAAGCUGUUGCAAGUAUAAUCCAACGAACGGCAGCUUCUGUCCCCAUCAAGAUACCUCCUGUUCAACCUGCAAAAUUGAGAAAAAUAAUCUUCAACGUCCCAAUGAACAUGAGUUUGGAAAAUAUCUGCCGUUUUUCCUAAGAGAUAAUCCAGACGAUUCGUGUGUUAAAGCCGGCCAUGCAGCCUAUAGCGGAGCUGUUCGGUAUAAUUAUGACCAACAAACACUUAAUGUAGACAGUUCUUAUUUUAUGGCAUAUCAUUCAAUAUUAAAAACAUCAAGGGACUAUUUCGAAGCAUUAGAGUCAGCUAGAAAGAUUUCUGCGAAUAUUACACAAAUGUUAAAACUUAACCUUAUCUCAAACGGAUUACCAGUUGACUUGGCAAUGCAAGUUGAAAUUUUUCCUUAUUCAGUAUUUUAUGUGUUUUAUGAACAAUAUUUAACCAUGUGGUCGGACACUUUGCAGAGCAUUGGAGUUUCAAUACUUUCCAUAUUUAUAGUAACUUUCAUUUUAAUGGGCUUUGAUAUACAUUCCGCUCUUGUUGUAGUAAUCACUAUAACAAUGAUAGUUGUUAACCUUGGGGGCCUUAUGUACUACUGGAAUAUAUCUCUUAAUGCUGUAUCUUUGGUCAAUCUAGUGAUGGCUAUAGGAAUAUCAGUCGAGUUUUGUUCACAUCUCGUACACAGUUUUUCAUUAUCAAAAGAAUCAAAUCAAGUAAAUAGAGCUGCCGAUAGCUUAUCAAAGAUGGGUAGUUCGAUAUUUUCUGGUAUAACGCUUACGAAGUUUGCGGGAAUAUUAGUGUUAGCUUUUGCAAAAAGUCAAAUCUUUCAAGUAUUUUAUUUUCGAAUGUACUUCGGAAUCGUGGUUAUUGGCGCAACACAUGGUUUAAUAUUUUUACCAGUUUUGCUUAGUUAUAUUGGUGCGCCAAAUAAUUCUAGGCUUGAAUCUCAAAACCAUGAAAAUUGUGAGCAGGAAACUUCCUUAUCUAGAUAAUUUUAUAUACUAAUUUUAAGAAUGUUAAAAAUAUCAAUAGCGAAAUCAAAGAAAUGUCUAAUAAUGGCUUUAUUCAUUUUGGCGUUGC